GGUUUGUCCCACGUGCAGUGCUGGUGGAUUUGGAGCCAGGCACGAUGGACUCUGCGAGGUCUGGUCCCUUUGGCCAGAUCUUUAGACCAGACAAUUUCGUCUUUGGCCAGAGCGGAGCAGGUAAUAACUGGGCUAAAGGUCACUACACCGAGGGAGCGGAGCUGGUGGACUCGGUCCUGGAUGUGGUGAGGAAGGAGUGGGGUGGAGGCACCGGCUCUGGUAUGGGCACGCUGCUCAUCAGCAAGAUCCGAGAGGAGUAUCCAGAUCGCAUCAUGAACACAUUCAGUGCGGUGCCCUCACCCAAGGUGUCAGACACAGUCGUUGAACCGUACAAAGCAACCCUCUCCGUCCACCAGCUGGUCGAGAACACAGAUGAGACCUUCUGCAUUGAUAAUGAGGCUCUGUAUGACAUCUGCUUCCGCACACUGAAGCUCGCCACACCCACAUACGGUGACCUCAACCACCUGGUCUCAGCCACCAUGAGUGGGGUGACCACCUGCCUGCGCUUCCCCGGGCAGCUCAACGCCGAUUUGAGGAAAUUGGCCGUGAACAUGGUGCGCUUUCCCAGGCUGCACUUCUUCAUGCCGGGCUUUGCCCCCCAGACCAGCCGCGGCAGCCAGCAGUACAGGUCACUGACCGUUCCUGAACUCACCCAGCAGAUGUUUGAUGUCAAGAACAUGAUGGCAGCUUGUGACCCACGCCAGGGGCGCUACCUCACAGUCGCCGCCAUCUUCCGAGGCCGCAUGUCAAUGAAGGAGGUAAAUGAGCAGAUGCUUAAUGUUCAGAACAACAUCAGCAGCUACUUUGUGGAAUGGAUCCCCAACAACGUCAAGACCGCCGUCUGUGACAUCCCUCCCUGCGGUCUCAAGAUGGCCGCCACCUUCAUUGGCAACACCACAGCCAUCCAGGAGCUGUUCAAAUGCAUCUCGGAGCAGUUUACUGCUAUGUUCCGCCGCAAGGCCUUCCUCCACUGGUACACUGGCGAGGGGAUGGAUGAGAUGGAAUUCACUGAGGCUGAGAGCAACAUGAAUGAUCUGGUGUCCGAGUACCAACAAUAUCAGGACGCCACUGCUGAGGAAGAGGGAGAGUUUGAGGAGGAGGGAGAAGAGGACUUGGCCUAGACAGUACCAUAACCCCUGUCUUCCUAUGCAACAGUUAGUGCUGGGAAAUGGCAUUUUUCCAGUGGAGUGUCAUCAAAUAUGUCCAUUUAUACAUUUGAAUACUUAUCCAGCCUUAGCCGGAGUGUAAAUAGGUCCUCA